AUGGCUGGUCAACAAAUUAGAUGGAAGCUGCUGUGUUCUCUAGCAGCGCUGAUCUCAAGCGUGACAACGCAACCAAGUACACCGUCGUUCGUGGAUCAGCCGAUCAGCGAAACAUUGGAAGAGGGUGACACCCUUAUUUUGCGCUGUUCGUUUGGGAACUUCACCAGCGACUUUAACGCACAGUGGGUACGGGACGACGUUGUCUUCAGUAAAGAUUUCGAGGUGUAUAGAGAACAGAGGUUGGUUAAUUUUUUUGGUGUAACCGAACCGUCGCGAUACUCUGUCAUUGGGAACGCUUCGUUGGGUGAGUUUUAUUUACAAAUCAGACACACGACAGUGAGCGAUGCUGGGGAAUACGCGUGUAGAUUGUCUGACACGAUUGGCCAGUUGUCGGACUCGGACACAGCCGUGAUUCAAAUAAACAGUUUACCUGAGACGUCCUACCCCAGGUGUUUUCCCACAGACCUGGACAGUUUUUAUACUGAAGGUGAAACACUUCGUGUGGAGUGUGUGUAUAGGGGUGCUACCGAGCCGCUGCCCAGUUUGACUUGGGUAAGGAGAAACCAACCGUUGAACGGCGAGCGAUUAUACGACUCUCUCUCAGAUGUGGCUUACAACUGGACAUUUGUCUCAGACGAUCAUGGGAGAAGCAUUCUGUGUGUGUACAAUUACGGAGAAGUUGAGACACAGAGGUGUGAAAUAGGACCGGUCACCGUAUAUUAUAAAUCAACCAUACAAAUGGACCCCUUUAUUUACGUCACGGUUGGUCAAUCCGUUCAAAUAACAGCAGAGGUGGACUCCUACCCGGCACCAUACAGUUAUAUAUGGGAAAUCAAUAAUCUGAACGUUGAAAACGAGCAGCGAAUUUUCGUCAACGGAAAUAUUCUAACUAUAUUAGACGCUUAUGAAACCGAUG